CAAGUCGUGGCUGGUCUGGUUGUGUGACCAACGAGGACUGAAAAUGACACGUGUAUCUGGAGUGUCGGCUGACGUCUUGGCGCACAUCCAAACUUUCUGGGAGAAGAAACAAUUUUUGGAUUUCACGGUCCAAAUUGAUGACGUCACAGUCGGCUGUCACCGCAUCGUUCUGGCGGCUUGUUCUGGAAUCUUCCGUGACUUUUUCAGCUUGGGGAGGGAGGGAGCAAGCGCCAACACAGCCACGGUGAGGGGAAUAAGUUCGGGAACUUUCUAUCUGCUGAUGACGUGUGUGUACACGGGCGAGGCGGUGUUGACACGGGAGAAUCUGGUGCACGUGUGGACAGCCGCUCACCUUCUGCAGGUGCAAGCUGUGCUUGACCUCUGUGAGCUGUUUGCCGUGAGUAUAUUGCACGUGAAGAAUUUUGAAGAAAUCGCCCAAACAGCAAGAAGACUGAACUCACGCAAGGUCUUGGAGGAAACGGAGAAGUUUACGUUGAUGAACUUUGACCUUGUCUGUCGGACGAGGACAUUCUUGGAGUUGUCUGACGAGGAAGUGAAGCGUGUGGUCGGGAGUCAGGCACUGGUGGUCAGCAGCGAGGAUGUUGUGUUCGAAUCUGUCUUAAACUGGGCGGAGUUUGUGCCAGACAAAACGGAACCUGGGGACAAAUUUGAGAUUUGUUUCACAACAACUCCAGAAAAUGGACCACAUCUUGCAGACGUUGAAACAAAUGACAACGGCACCAAGAAGAAUAAGUCGAGCUGUAAUUGUGAGGACAAUGUUGAAUUAGUGCACGCACGCCACGAUUGGUGUUACCAUGGUAACCACUCAAAGACCAGGUCACCACUCCAGAACCGUGCGACAAUUCUCCACGAGCUGUUGCAGGAUGUCCGGACAUUUCUUGUUGACCAGCCGCUUCUGCAGACGUCACUGACCAGACGGAUGGUGAGAGACAACACAGACGCCGUGGAGCUGGUUUCAACCACCGUCAGGAACAAACAAGUGACCUACCGUCAUGGCCAGUGGUCGUCUAGCGGUAUCCACAGACAGGGGAGCCAACUCGCUAAUUUCGGGGUUUUCACCAGAAGUGACGGUAAAAUCAGCGCCCUCUCGGCUGUAGGUGAGCGGUGGUUCUACAUCUCACUGGGCCACGAACUGCAGCACAGCGUGCAGCUGUGUGUGUUCGACAGCCAGCUGUUGGCUGUUGGUCUACAGAGCCACGCGCAGGAAAAAUGUAAGCUGUUCGCUUUUGAUGAGUACAGAUGGACUUUUAUAGCGGAGCUUCCUUGUCGUGAUCCCAUCCUCGUUUCACACGGCAAUCACAUCUACAUCACUGACGUGAAAGCCGGGGAGAUAUACUAUCUUAAUCCCAGUAUCGAUACCGCUGUUUUAUUUUUCGUUUCGAUUCCAGCGAACUUUGAUGUGAAAUACGUCAUGAGCUAUGAGAGAAAACUUUUAUUCUUCGGCAGCGUGUCGAAGGAUCUGACCAUUGUCCGUGAGCUGGACGUCGAGUCUAGGACCUGGACCAGCACGUCCAACCUCACAGGACCCGCCUCUAACAUGACGAGCCUAAAGGACGACAGCGCCACCUACAUCCUACAGCCAGACGGCGCCAUGCGCACCGUCACAACAACUUCUGCCGGUCACGUGACCUUCACAUUGGUGGCCAGGCUCUGGGAGCACGAGCUUAACAUACGUGGCGCCAUCACGUGUCAGGGGAAACUGAUUCUCUACUUCCAGAAAGAGACCUCCAAUGACGUGCGACACGGAGCUAAGAAGGAAAUUCCUGGCAUUUUCCGUCAGAUUAGGUACUGGAGUACCACAUACAACGGCUCACAGUUUCUACCUGUCGUCCUACCUAAGAGAUUUCUGCUUCCUUUAGGAUCUUGAAGAUAGAAGUCACGUGAGCA